UCUCCAUCUUUGAUGCUGCGCUUUGCGACUGCUGCUGCUCUGCUGGUCUCUCAGAUUUCUUGCUCUGUCUUUGAUAAGGCACGAACUCCGUCGAAGUCAGGCGAGUCUUGUGAGAUCCCGACACGACCUUUCGCAGCGAAUCGAAGAACGAAUAGUUCUCCGAUUUCUCGAUAGGUGGCGGCGUCCGCUCCGAGAACAUUCUCUCCGUCUUCUGCAGCAGCUCUUCGUAUAGGGCGCACAGGAGAGAGGACCGCGUCCUGGCCUGAAAUGCGGUGCUGUUAGAUCCACAUCUUCAUUCUCCCGCGUCAAACGCCCAAGAACUCAUCUAGCCGAUAGGUGGCUUACCGUGUCAUGUCUGCGAGGAGAGGUGACGGAGGGCUCUGGGGCGGCGGAGGAGGACGGAAGGCGGGUGAGUGAGGAAGGGACACGCGGCGAGUAUUCAGAAACAGAUUGAUGGAGUGCGGGAGCGGCUGGAGAGAUCAGGAAGGGCGCAAAGAACUGAGGGCAAAACGGGUGGUGGCAGAAAACAGAUGGAUGAAGUGGAAAGCAGGUAUCUGAACAUUGUGAUAUUUAAAGAUGGCGAAUUGAAACUUUUGCAGUUUUCAUACGAAAACGAAGAUUACAUAUCACCAAUAAAAACAACUGUGGAGGGAAAAGUUCCAUCUCUUAAAGAAUACACGGAUGAUUGGGCCUUAAAUACCAUCAUUCAUGUAGAUGGAGGCCAGUAUAUCGGAUUUGUACGGAACGAUGGCAGCUUCGCUGUUCACAACGUCCCGCCCGGAUCGUACGUCUUCCAAGCCGUAAACCCGGACUUCGACUUUGAGCCGGUAAGGGUCGACGUGAACAGCAAGGGGAAGAUUCGCGUGCGCAAGGUCAACUACAUCCAGAGCUCGCAGGUCGAGGUCGUUCCGCAUCCGAUCAAGUUCCGCCUGAGGGGUCCCAUCAAUUACUUCCAGAAGAGAGAGACUUGGAGAAUCACGGACAUGCUGUUGAGCCCCAUGGUUCUUAUGAUGGUUUUACCGUUGGUCGUGAUCGGAGUUCUACCUAAACUCAUCAAUACACAAGAUCCAGAAACUCAGAAGGAAUUGCAGAACCAGAUGAGUAACAUGCCAAAGUAUGACAUGCCGGAUCUAUCGGAGAUGUUCACAUCCCUCCUAGGCGGCUCAACGAAAUCAACGGUCAAGUCAAAAGGAAAGAGACGGAAAGAUUAGAAAUAGAUAUUAUUGUAUGAUUUAUAGAAUUGUUUGUAUUUUUGGUGCAGGCGUUUACAUUUGAUGACAGAUUAGCAUGGAUGAUCCCGGACUCGAUGAAAGAAAUUUCUUCUAGCUAGCUGUCAGGCAGCAUUACUUGUGCUGCAAAUAUAGCUCCUCUAACCCCCCCUCCAACCCCCACCCCAAUCCCUACUCCCACCCCAAUCCCUACUCCAACCCCCACCCCAAUCCUUACUCCAACUCCCCACCCCAACCCCAUAUGCUUGUCAGGUUUGUACCAAAAAAUAUUGUCGAGAAAGAAUUGCUUAGGGAAUUGAACUCGAAUGAAGAAUGAAUGUAGGGCAAGAAUGAUAGAAUUUUACCUCCAAUAUGAGGGGCUGUAUUAAUAAGGAUAGAAUAAGUUGGCACUAUUGCCAAAUUACAGAGAAUGGAAAACACCAGUAUUUUGAUGUGCCCAUGUUUUUUUAUGACGGGGAUCAUUUGUUGCCAUGUUCUGUUGACGUUUGCUGAAACAGCUUUGUGCAAAUCCUCAUCUAUCUACUAGUCUGUGAGUGUCGGUCAUUAAUGCAUGAUGUUUUCGAAAGAUUUGAAGCAGAUAUUAUUCUAUAAUUUAUAGAAUCGUUUGUAUUUUCUGGUUCAGGUGUUUACACUUGAUGACAAAUUAGCGAAGAUGAUCUCUGACCCAAUUAAGUAUUCUUUCUAGAUAUCAAUCGGUCAGCAUUACCUGUGCCGUGAAUUUAUCUCUAGUCCCCCCUCCCACCGUGUGCUAGGUUGUUUAUAUGCGAUUUUUUCUUCAUCAUCAGCGUAUUGUCAGGGAGAAACUAUGUAUGCCUGUGUAUUGUAUGUAUUUAAUAUUUAUUUCUCAUCUCUUGUUACGCUGUUAACCUUAAAAGAUUAUAUUCAAAGGUAGACAGUUGUUUUUUUACAUUUUGCACGCGCAAGCUGCUGUCAAUUCUGAACUGUAUAUGUAGUAAUGUACUUUUCUGUGUUUUUAUUAUAAUAGAUGUUUACAUUAUUUAUAGUUGUGUAAUUUAUUAUUUUACAGUAUCCAUCGGUCGCAUAUUUGCAAAUGUACUCAUUUGUUCAACUCUAAAUUAAUGUUCUUUGCAUUAUGUAUGUUGACUUGUGCAUAUGUUUUUUACAUGUAUGUGUAUUACACUGUUUCAAUGUGUAUUUCAGAGAUAUAUAAGAUUCCUCAUACUGUCAUAGAAAAGGAUUUUGAAUGGUUUAAAUUUUCUCUCGUAUGGAAUGUUUUUUAGAACUGCAGUAUUGGCAACGUCUGCAUGUAAAGACAGAUAUUACUUGUUUUUAUGACAGUAAACAGCAUCAUAUAUGUGACCCGUGCUCGGACUUUUAGGCGCGAGUCGUUGGCUAUUGUUUUGAGUAUAGGCAAUUUUCCAUAAAAAUCGAUUUUUAGUCAGAAUUUCGUUUUUAACGUAAAUAAUAUGUUAUUUAAUAUCUCAUAUAAUUUAUCAAAAAAGCAGACAGGUCAGAAUCAUCUUUAGAUGUAAAAACUGACUGUCAUCUCAGCCAGUUCUGCUGUACUGCUUUUAGUGCGCAGCGAGGUUUGAGGACUUCGUUCCGGGUUCUUUUUUUUACUUUAUUUUAAACACAAUUUUCUCGUAAUUAAGGUUUUAUCGGUUCACGAAUUCAGGAAAUCAUAUCUUCGGUUCUGUUUGGGGUAGAGAGUUACUUUAUGGCUUGUUUGAAAGCUGAGUCUAAGGAAUCAGUUUAUGGAAUAAUCUCAACAUCCAGAAAUUGACCCCUGAGCCUAAAAAUCCCAGCACGGGUCACAUUGUAUUCAUGUGAAGUGGCCUGCUUACUAAAGAUAUGGCAUUGGUAAUUUAUCUAGUCCUUCUUGCAACAUAUGUUGAGAUCUGCAUGCAAACUGCAGUCUUCAGUUAAGCAUCGAUCCAUAGCUUGUUUUGUAAACUGUGUGAUCAUAAGCAGUAGCGUAUUUUGUCAUACAUUGUACUGCUCUAGUAUUUAUUAAUGGAAAAUAUAGAUGAUGUUACGUAUAAAAGAAUG